CUAAGAACCAGAUUCUUAGCAUGAACAGAAUCUAACUUCAAAAUACUCUAGUUCUACUGCAGUAAUCAAUACAUGCRUUGCAUUGCAUUCAUGCCUGCCGCUACAAGGAGAUUUGCGCUGCCGCUUAGAACAUUCGGGCGCCUACUAAUUUUCGUCAUAGUUUUGCCGAAAGCGAUCGAGAGUUCCAUUUCUGAUAGCCGAGGACGAGACGGAAUGGCGCCGUUGAACCCCGAGAUGUUGCCCGAUGAUCAUUGCCACGUCGGUGACUCUCUACCGGAAAUGCCGCUCUUGCCUAUCACAAGUGACCAGACUGUGCGUGCAUGUCGAGCGCUGAAAACAUCUCCGUCUCGAGACGUAUUUAUCUGCUCGUAUCCAAAGAGCGGAACAACGUGGACUCAAAACAUUGUCGUUCGGUUGCUGUGGGAAAUCGCAAAUGCGGGUCGCCCUUUGCCAGAAGAUUGGCACUUGUCUCAUUCCGCUCCAUUUUAUGAAGUAGACCAAUACUGGAAACCCAUUCAGCCRCAACCGAACGGCAGCGACAAYAUUGAUCCCGCCGAACAAGUUAUGGAACGUUUACCCGUUCGGACACCWAUACGGAUUCRCGAUGGGGGGAGAGAGACAGACGAUGAAUAUCGCGUGUUCAACACCCAUUUGCGCCCGAAUCAAUUACCUGCGAAUGCCAAGCGUGUGUAUGUUGUGCGUGAUCCACUCGAUGUCAUGAUUAGUUUUUAYCACCACCUGUCCAAUCAAUCCGUGGAGGAUGGUGGUUACACCGGAACCUUCGGAGAGUUUUGCGAAGAGUUUAUGGACGGAACCAUUCUGUACGGAAAAUGGCAAGACCACAUCGAGGCCUGGUUGGGAGAGCAACCUACUAGUGCGGAAGCUACCAGGAGCAAUUUUCUCCUAUUGCAUUACGAAGAUAUGAAGAACGACCUGGAGAAAGAAACCAAACGGAUAGCGAAGUUUCUACUGGACGACAAUAGUGUGGUAUCCGACGAUCAUUAUCUGGACAAAGUUGUUUCGAGGGUCGUACCCCAUUGCACGUUUCAUGCGAUGAAACAAGAACGGCAUCGAUAUACACCACUUACUGUAUCUUGGAAAACAAACCCGGAAACAGGGAAACCCUAUGAUAAAUUUGUUCGCAGCGGGAGGGUCGGUGAUGGUGACGAAUGCCUCCAAAAGAAUGAUUCUACCUCUGAAUUGAGAGAUCGUUGGAUAAACCGCGAUGUUGUUAUUGCCAGAGCACGAUGGCUCAAAGCAAAAGUUGAUGCAGGGGUCGUCGAACGCUACCUCUAAUGCUGCCACGGGGAGCUUGCCCGAUCUCUGCUAGCAAAAAUGAACAGGAUUCCUCCUAGAGGCAUUCAUCAAAACAAGCAUUCCAGUAAUAAAAAGUUUUGAGAGGU